AUGGCUUCUUCUGCUAUGUCUCUCGAAUCAAUCUCUAUGACUACUCUCAACAAUCUCUCCAUUAAUCAUCAACUUCAUCGAAGCUCUCUUCUUGGUUUCUCCAGAUCUUUCCAAAACCUUAAGAUCUCAUCUAACGGUCCAGAUUUCUCCUCCCGAUCAAGAUCCACUUCCAAGAACCUCACACCUACUCGAGCUUUCUUCUGGAAUUGGGGCAAAACUGAAAACUCCAGACCAAGUAAAAUCCAAGAACUAAACGUGUACGAGCUCAACGAAGGAGAUCGAAACAGUCCUGCAGUUUUAAAACUCGGCAAAAAACCAGAGCUUUGUCUCGGAGAUCUCGUACCAUUCACUAACAAACUAUACACCGGAGAUCUCAAAAAACGCGUGGGAAUCACUGCCGGACUCUGCGUCUUGAUCCAACACGUACCGGAGAAGAACGGUGAUCGAUUCGAAGCUAAUUACAGUUUCUACUUCGGUGACUAUGGUCACUUGUCUGUACAAGGACAGUACUUGACUUAUGAAGACACGUUCCUCGCCGUAACUGGUGGGUCUGGAAUCUUUGAAGGUGCGUACGGACAAGUGAAGCUUCGUCAGCUUGUGUAUCCGACAAAACUGUUCUACACUUUUUACUUAAAGGGUAUUGCUGAUUUGCCGGUGGAGCUAACCGGAACGGCGGUUACACCGUCGAAGGAUGUGAAACCGGCGCCGGAAGCUAAGGCGAUGGAGCCAGGGGCAACUAUUCGUAACUUUACUAAUUAG